AUGUAUUGGAUUUUCAAAGCUCUGCUUAGACAUAGAACCAUCAUAAUUGCUAUGGACGAUUGGAAUGAAAAGAAGGAGAGGUACUUUGUGGGAAAAGUAUACCAAUUCCUCAAGAAAGAUGAACCUGAUGUUGGAUGGAAGCAUAUGUUUUCCAACUCUAUUGCUAGAUCAAGAGCCCUUUUUGUUAUGUGGAUGGCUUGCCACCGUAGACUUGUGACAAGGGGACGACUCAAGAAGCUUGGCCUUACGACCGAUGAGAGCUGUAAUUUCUGCAACAAGGAGGAAACAAUUAACCACCUCUUAUUCGAUUGCCCGUCGUUCAAGAACGGUUGGCAGCAAAUUCUGGCGUGUUUGGAGAUUCAACAUGUCCCUUGUGAAUGGCGUGAAGAGCUCUAG